GAGUCUCCGACCUAAAAUUUGGUCAUCUUACAACCUCGACGACGACAACGACAACUACAACUACGACUACAACGAUAAUACUCAAAUCCCGGUCAGAAACUAAAAGAAGGGAAUUCAAAGAUCUGGAAGAGUAGGAGACUAGGAGUUGUGGGACUGAGAAUUCAAAGAGACCAAAUUAAAUACAAAACUCCACCAAAAAAAAAAAAAAAAUCCCAAAAAUACUCAAAAUUCUUUUUGAAGAAAACUCAAGAAAUAGAGAGAGAAAAUUCACCGAUUUCAAAGGAGAAAAGAGAAGAGAAGAGAAAAAGAGGAGAGAGAAAAUUCAAUGGCGUCUUCAACUGUACAACCCAUAGUUACCCCUUCAACAACUACUACUCCAUUAACAACAACUUCAAAUCAAAAUCAAAAUCAAAAUCAAAUUCCAGUAGUUCCAAAUCUCCCGCCACAAUCUCAACCACCUCUUUCAAAUAAUUUCAAUCCGAAGAAGAGACCUCUUGACCAUGUUUAUCUUCUUCAGAGUUCUCCUUACUUUAAGAUGCGUGCUUUUAUCAGAGACCUUCGUCCCCUUUUUCUUCAGGUUCUCCGUGCCCCCGACUUUCAAAACUGUGAAGCUGCCCGCAGGAUCCAAGAAAAAAUGACGCUUAUGGUGGAGUUAUGUAGACACCAGACAGCGGAGAAGGUACCGCUAGCUAAGUGCAACAGCGGAGCAGGAAGUUUAGAUUUCACUAACGAGAAACUGGGAGGGCUUGGGCAGAAGCCUGCUGAUCAGCCAUCACAAGAAAAGCGCUUCCCAGUAGGAAAUAAUCUUGAAAAGCCAAUGCAUGGCGGUACCCGGAUCACAGGAACUUACAUUGUUGGUGGUUCUGCAUUUGGCUGGAAUUUCAUCACAUUCCAUGGAACUAAACCUGAGUAUUAUGGCAGAACCAAGGAGUCAUUUCGGGCCGGUAAAUGAGUUAUUUUCUCAACUGUUGGAAGGUUAUGGUCUCUUAUCAAGAGCUAAUAUUGAUCAAGCCAGCAUCUGUACUCUAGUUAUUCCAUCUUUUUUUUGGUGGGGCGAAUUUUUGAAGGCUUGCUCUUUUCUUUUCUUUUAUUUUUUUCUUCUUUUUGGAUCUAGAAACUAGCUCCCAUUGCUAAUCUCUUGUAUAUGAGGCUGUCAACUUGUGGAGUAUGACUUUCUAUUUAGUUGCUGUAGGAAUUUGGCGACUUUCUUUGUUUCAGAAUGAUCUGGUUUUGAAUUUCCUAAUCAAUUUGGUAAAUGGAUUAAUUGCAAUUUAUGAUUUGUAACCUUUUGUCCUGCCAAAACAUUUUCCUGUA